UACUAAUCUUCUAUAUGAGUGAGUAGGCACAAUUUGCCGCGAAAGACCAGCAUGGAUGGUGCACUAGAAUCGAUUUUUGUUCUGAGAGCAUGGCUCGUCGUUUUUGUGGUGAUUGGUAUUCUAGGCAACUGGAAACUAGCUAAAGGAGACAAUAAUCCUGGAUUCAUAAGCAUUGAUUGCGGGGCAGCUAGCGAUUAUGUGGAUGAAAACACUGAUAUAUUUUACAAGUCAGAUACAAGUUUUAUAGAUACUGGGACAAAUUACGAUAUAUCCCCUGAGUACUACUAUUCAAAUGCUGUUUAUGCACGGCAGGCGUACACUCUUAGAAGCUUUCCGCAAGGAACAAAGAAUUGUUACACCUUGAAGCCUAAACAAGGCAAAAACAGCAAUUACCUCAUCAGGGCUUUCUUUCGAUAUGGAAAUUACGACAAGAAGAAUCAAAUUCCGAAAUUCGAUGUAUAUGUUGGGGUAAAUUAUUGGUUGUCAGUGGUAUUAAAUAAUGCAUCUUCCCUAAUAUACCCAGAUUUCAUCCAUGUUCCCUCUUCUGACACCAUAUUGGUCUGUUUGAUAAACACGGGGUCUGGAGUACCGUUCAUUUCCGCCUUGGAAUUACGUCCAUUAAAUAAGUCCUUAUAUCCGAUUGACUUUGGAGCACAAUAUAGUUCAUGGCGGUAUGACUUGGGUACCAUAAGCCAAAGAGAUUUUGUCAGGUACAAGGACGAUGUUUAUGAUCGCCUCUGGUAUAGUAAUGAUACACUCAUUUAUAACUCGGUGUCAAUCGAUACCUCCUCAGUUAUUGAAAUGCACAACAAUGAUGGUUAUAAACUACCAGCACAGGUGUUAAGAACCGCAGUCCAAGCCAGUGGAGCUUACAAUGCCUUGAGUUUUUCCAAAUCUGGAAACUCUUAUAGUAGAUGGUAUGUUUGCUUUCACUUCGCUGAAAUUGCUGAACUUACACAAGGCAAGAAAAGAGAAUUCAUUAUUUCUGUGAAUGAGGGGAACUAUACCUCUAAACCGAUUACUCUUGAAUACUUAACGCCUUUGUCCGUAUGUCCAAAUCGAACAUUCGAAUCGCCGUUAAGUUUUUCUAUUGAUGCAACAAUGGAGUCCGACUUUCCCCCCAUCCUCAAUGCGUUUGAGCAUUACGCGGUAGUUCCUCUCCCGUAUAAACCAACUGACCACGGAGACGUUACUGCAAUCAUGGACAUCAAACGAACGUUCAGGAUCUCUAGAGACGAUUGGCAAGGAGACCCAUGUGUUCCACAUAAUUAUUCAUGGAAUGGUUUAACUUGCAGUUCAGAUAAUACUCCAAGGAUCAUUACACUGAAUUUGAGUUCAAGCAACUUGACAGGGAAGAUAGUGACUUCAUUCUCCGACCUCACAGCACUGCAGUACUUGGAUUUAUCGUACAAUAGCUUGGCUGGGAACGUACCAGAAUUUUUAGCUCAACUACCAAAUUUGAAGACCCUUAAUUUAAGCGGAAACAAGUUUGAUGGUUCAGUUCCAGAGGCUCUUAUACAGAAGUCUAGGGAUGGAUCAUUGAUCUUGAGUCUUGGCGAAAUGUUGGAUCUAGACAAACCAACCAACUCAAGAGAUGAUGGCGAAACGGACGUGAGGACGAACAGGUGGCGAGCAAAUAAGUGGUGGAUAUGGCUCAUUGUGGCAGUAGGGGGAAUUAUCAUCGCCUUUUUGUGCUUAUUAUGCUAUGCAAAAGUGAAAAAAUACAUAGCGGAAGGGGAGAGAAAGAAGAAACAAAAGAUACUUCUACAAGAACUGAGAGGUAAUGCAACAUCGUCCACUCUACGUGACAAAGUGAAGAAACGAAAUAAUGAUAGGCAAGAUAGCCAUGAAUUGCAAAUCUUCAGCUUCGAAACCAUUUCUGCUGCCACAAGAAAUUUUUCAACUAAAAAUAAAUUAGGAGAAGGUGGUUUUGGACCGGUUUAUAAGGGUGAAUUAUAUGAUGGGCAGAAAAUAGCAAUAAAGAGACUCUCAAGAAGUUCUGGACAGGGAUUGGUAGAGUUCAAGAAUGAAGCUAUUCUUAUUGCCAAACUCCAACACACAAAUCUUGUAAGACUGUUAGGGCUUUGCAUUCAGCAAGAAGAAAAAAUUCUAAUCUAUGAGUACAUGCCCAACAAAAGCUUAGACUUCUUCCUCUUUGAUUCUACUAAAAAGUCUUUAUUAAAUUGGAAAAAACGCUUCAACAUCAUUGAAGGCAUUGCUCAAGGACUUCUUUAUCUUCACAAAUAUUCAAGACUAAGAGUAAUUCACCGAGACUUAAAAGCAAGCAAUAUUUUGCUUGAUGAGGAUAUGAAUCCAAAAAUUUCUGACUUUGGCUUGGCUAGAAUAUUUGGGUUGAAAGGAUUAGAAGAAAACACAAAUAGGAUUGUUGGAACAUAUGGUUAUAUGGCUCCAGAGUAUGCCAUGAAUGGUGUUGUUUCAGCAAAAACUGAUGUAUUUAGCUAUGGAGUCCUACUAUUGGAAAUCGUGAGCAGCAAGAAAAAUAAUAGUUGCUAUCACUCUGAGUAUCCACUCAACCUUAUAGGAUAUGCAUGGCAAUUAUGGAAUGAAGGGAAAGGUUUGGAGCUAAUAGACCCAACAAUAAUAGAUGAGUCAUUCCCUUCAUCUGAAAUAUUGAAAUGCAUUCAUGUUGGUCUUUUAUGCGUACAAGACCUGGCAACAGAUAGACCUACCAUGCUAGAUGUUGCAACUAUGCUUUCAAGUGAAACUAUUCAACUCCUUCCUCCAAAACAACCUGCAUAUCUUAUCAACAUUGUUCAAGAAAAUUCAUUAGAAGUUUCUGAAAUUAAGCCAGAAAAUUGUUCCAUAAAUGAUGUUACAAUUUCAGAGAUGAAAGCAAGAUAAAUACUAAGCAAGGGUGAUUACAAGACCACCUUGACCUGCCCCCCCAAAAAAAAAAAAAAAAA